GUAAGUGCCCAACGUUUAUCUCUUCUCGUUGUGUCUGUCUGUGCGUGUUUUGCCGGGGCUCUCCCAUUACAAUUCAAACGCACGUGUUUUAGCUUCCCUGACUGAGAAAAAACUUUCUUGUGUGAGUGUCGUCUUCUCAUUCAUUCCACCAUCCAUCUUUUUUUUUUGUCUUGCUGUUGUUGUUCUCUCUAUGCCUACAUAAAGAAUCAAGAAGAAAGCACCUCCCCUUCGCACACGUCUGGCAAGAUGAACGCGCUUCGCCGUCGUACGCUCACGUACGCGGAUGUUGCCGCACUUCUGCUGUUGGUGUUGUUGUUAGGCUGCGCCACGCUGCCCACCUACGCGUUUAUCUACGCCACCACACUCACCGCCACACAGGUCCCUGACGCGUACACCGGGCGCGAUCCCACCCUCGGCCUCUUCACGGCUUGUCAAAACGCAAACAACCCCAACGCGUCUGCUGAGGGCCGCACCGCGCUGUUCGUGCUGGCGCCUUCCAUGACCGAGCUCCUCGCGGAGGUGGUCACUGCCGGGCAGGUGUACCUCGCCGGGUUCUACAACGCGAGCACGAGCUCGUGGUACUGGAACGGCGUCGGUGACGCGGCGAGCGCGGUGGUGUUUGCUACCGGGCCGACUGCGCAGCCGGUCAACAGCAUUGUCGCGGCGAAUUGGGCCGCCGGCUACCCAAAGACGGGCGCUGACGGCACCGUAAGAAGUCUCAAGUACGUAGCGUACGAUGCGUCCUUGCACGGGUGGAUCAACGUGGACGGUACAUCCGUGAUGGACGGUGUUGCGUGUCAGAGCACCAACGUGGUGCCGGACGAUUGCGGGAGGAGGAAAAAAUUUCCGUGGUGGGCGAUCCUCAUCAUCGUCCUCGGCUGCGUCGCCGUCGUCGCGGUGGUGCUCACGGUGGUGCUGUGCUGCUGCUGCAAGAAGAAGCAGCGCUACACGGACGACGAGGACGCUGAUAACGACCUCCGCAGGCGCGGCGGCUCCUUCCGCACCCAGAGUACAAGCUUCGCGGGCUCCAGUCGCACGGGCAGCUUCUCGAGGUCCAGCUCCUUCUCGCGUGGCUCGAGCUUCUCGGGCUCUAGCAAAGGCUCCAGCGUGACCGGCAGCAGUGCGUCCUCCUCCGUGGGUAGCUCGUCGUUCUCAACGCAACUGACGACGUACAGUGGCGAUGCGCAGUCCUCUAGCAGUCAGGCCAGCAGCGCCAGCUCUCAUUCCCGCUAA